AUGAGGACUGCAUGCCUCAGGGCUGCUAGCACUGCUAGCCGCCUCACACGCUCGUCAUGCGUUGCCCAGCUGUCUCGCCCACAGCUCGCAGGCAGCUCAUCGCGUGUAGUCGCAUAUCAAACUCACCAGGCGCUUCAAAAGCGAGCAUUCCAGCAGAAUGCUACAACCUCACAACAGGCGGCUGCCUUGGCCGUCGAUGCUGCUGACGAUGUAUUCGACACUCCACCCCAGCAAACAGCCUACGCGACGCCGCUCGAGGCACUCGAUACCUUUCCCCGCCGACACAUUGGCCCCUCUGCAGAGACGGCCGAAGCCAUGCUCAAAGCCCUCGACCCACCAGCGGCCAGCCUGGACGAGUUUGUCAAGCAAGUCAUCCCCGCUGACAUUCUCUCAGGCCGCGAGUUGAAGAUUGGAAAACUUGCCCAACACCACGACAGCGAAUGGCAGAACAAUGGAGUGCCCGAGUCCGUUUUCCUCAACAAUGCAAAGAAGAUUUUGGACCAGAACAAGCCUGGCAAGAGUCUGAUUGGGCAAGGAUACUAUGGAACAAAGGUGCCAGAAGUCAUCAAGAGGAAUGUACUCGAGAACCCUGCGUGGUACACAAGCUACACACCGUACCAGCCUGAAAUCAGCCAGGGACGCUUGGAGUCGCUGCUGAACUUCCAGACCAUGGUGACGGAUCUGACAGGUCUCAGCAUUGCCAACGCAUCGGUGCUCGACGAGCCCACUGCCGCAGCUGAGGCCAUGACCAUGUCCAUGGGCGUCAUGCCGCUAUCCAAGCAAAAGAGCAAGAAUAAGACUUUCCUUGUCUCGGAUAAGUGCCAUCCACAGACGCUUGCUGUUCUGCAUUCUCGUGCCGAGGGCUUUGGUAUCAAAAUCGAGGUCGCCGAUUUGCUCAAGGACAACAGCAAGAGGGUCGAGGAGAUUGGCCAAGAUCUCGUCGGUGUGCUCGCUCAGUACCCAGACACAGAUGGAGGUGUCAACGACUUCCGCGAACUCUCUGAGAAGGUACACAAGACUGGUGCUCUCUUCAGUGUAGCCACCGAUCUUCUCGCUCUUACACUGCUCACUCCCCCUGGAGAGUUCGGUGCCGACAUCGCUUUUGGAAACGCACAGCGCUUUGGUGUGCCUCUGGGCUUCGGUGGACCACAUGCCGCUUUCUUUGCAUGCGACGAGAAGUACAAGCGUAAGAUUCCUGGUCGCUUGAUCGGUCUUUCCAAGGACAGACUCGGCAACCAGGCGGCACGACUUGCGCUGCAGACUCGUGAACAGCACAUUCGCCGCGAGAAGGCAACGAGCAAUAUUUGCACAGCACAGGCUCUUUUAGCCAACAUGAGUGCCAUGUACGGUGUUUACCACGGACCAAACGGUUUGACUGCCAUUGCAAAGCAAGUCGUUGCCAAGGCCCGUCUCAUUCAACAAGCUAUCAUAGACAACGGCUUCAAGACUGGUCAACGUGGAAAGAUGGAUAACGCCCCUGUCUUAUUCGACACCUUCAUCGUAGAGACUGGGGGUAACACAGAUGGAAUCAUUGCUGAGCUCGAAAAGAAGGAACUCCUUGUCCGAAGGGUCGACGACAAACACAUUGGUAUCUCGGUCGAUGAGACUACAACCGCUCAGACUAUCACCAAUCUACUCGGAGUAUUCAGGAAGUUUGGGAAGGGCGACAAGACACACUUCAACGAGCCAGUUGAUACCGAGCUUCCCGCACCUUUCAAGAGGACCAGCCCAUUCAUGACCCACCCCGUCUUCAACUCGCACCAUUCCGAGACAGAGCUUCUCCGAUAUAUCAAUCACCUCUCUUCCAAGGAUCUUUCACUCGUCCACUCGAUGAUCCCUCUCGGAUCAUGCACCAUGAAGCUCAACUCCACCGCCGAGAUGGCUCCCGUUUCGUUCGACACAGUCUCCAACCUACACCCAUUCCUGCCACUGGAGCGCGCCAAGGGGUACACUGAGAUGAUCACACAGCUGGAAGAUGAUCUUGCUAACAUUACCGGAUUCCACUCUGUCUCUCUUCAGCCCAACUCUGGCGCUCAGGGCGAGUUCACUGGUCUUCGCGUCAUCAGCAAGUACCUCGAGCAGCAGCCUGGCAAGAAGCGUGAUAUUUGCUUGAUUCCCGUCUCUGCUCACGGUACCAACCCCGCAAGUGCUGCCAUGUGCGGUAUGCGCGUUGUGCCCAUCAAGUGCGACCAAGCGACUGGCAAUCUCGACAUGGCAGAUCUCAAGGCCAAGUGUGAGAAGCACAGUGAUGAGCUUGGUGCUUUCAUGGUCACCUACCCCAGUACCUUUGGUGUGUUCGAACCCAAUGUUAAGGAGGCUUGCGAUCUUAUCCACCAACACGGUGGUCAAGUCUACAUGGACGGUGCCAACAUGAACGCCCAGAUUGGUCUUUGCUCGCCCGGUGAGAUCGGUGCCGAUGUGUGCCAUCUCAACCUCCACAAGACCUUCUGUAUCCCCCACGGUGGUGGUGGUCCAGGUGUCGGCCCCAUCGGUGUCAAAGAGCACCUCUCUCCCUUCCUCCCCGGCCACCUCCGCGGCGAGACGGGCGGCUCCCAAGCCAUCCACCCCGUCAGCGGCGCGCCCUGGGGCAGUGCAAGCAUCUUGCCCAUCAGCUGGGCCUACAUCAAAAUGAUGGGCGCCCUCGGCCUAACCCAAGCCACCAAAAUCACCCUCCUAAACGCAAACUACAUCCUCUCCCGCCUCAAGCCCCACUACCCCAUCCUCUACACAAAUUCCCAAGGCCGCUGCGCCCACGAAUUCAUCCUCGACGUCCGCGGCUUCAAGGAAACUGCCGGCGUAGAAGCAAUCGACAUCGCAAAGCGCCUCCAAGACUACGGCUUCCAUGCACCCACCAUGUCCUGGCCCGUCGCCAAUACCCUCAUGAUUGAGCCUACCGAGUCGGAAAGUAAAGCCGAGCUUGAUCGCUUCUGUGAUGCGCUUAUUUCUAUUCGCCAGGAGAUUAGGGAUGUAGAAGAGGGAAAACAGCCCAGAGAGGGCAAUGUGCUCAAGAUGAGCCCGCAUACACAGCAGGAUCUUAUUCAGGAGCAGUGGGAGCGCAGUUAUUCGAGGGAGAAGGCGGCGUAUCCAUUGGGUUAUCUCAGGGACAAGAAGUUUUGGCCUUCGGUGGCGAGGUUGGAUGAUGCAUACGGUGACACAAAUCUCUUCUGUACUUGUGCCCCGGUUCAGGGCGAGGACAGCGAUAUCACAGGUGCUGCCGCGCCGAAUCCAACUUAA